AUGCUCUCGACGCUCUUCUCAUCGUUUCCCUCACCAAUUGUACCGACUUUAUCCUCUCGUUUGCCUCAUCUUAAUUCCUUUGUCGUGCUUACAAAGAAAGCAUCAAAUCGUCGUCGUCUCUCUCGUCGUAGCAGCAUUACGAGCUCCUGUUCGACUAUCAGCAACAGCAGCGACGAAGAAUCGGACACUUGUGACCUCGAGACGGAUGAGUGUUGUGUCUUUUACGAAUCGUACGCUGCUGUCACUAAACGCAGCAAUCGGACAGUCGCUUCCAUUCGUUGGAGCGACUUGCAACUCGCUCCAAACACGGACCAAGUUGUUAUUCUAUUGGCUACAUUACGUCUCAAUCGUCAGCACACAUGCAACGAUGAGACGCUGGAACUAGUUGCCUUGGAGUUGUGCUUUGAGUUCUUGACACUCAACGAGAUACUACAGACUGUACAGGUCUGUCGAGCUUUUCAUGACGUUGUGACGUCCUCCAAGACACUACUAACAGGUCUCUAUAGUCGUCAAUGGCGAACUAAAAUGCUGCCUGAGACGUACGUGAUGCUCUCGUUUAAUGCCCAGCUCAUGCUGUGUGCUGCACGUGAACCAGACGCCAUUUAUGACCUGUCGACACGCAGUACUGUGACCCACUUAAUCGAUGGCAAGUAUCAUGUCGUAAACAAGUCCAUGCUACGAGACUUUGAGAAAGGGACAGUUGAUUCGAUCCGUGGUGUCAAGCAAUUGCCAAUGUUGUCCUGUGCACGUGCUCUAGACAAGAUGACUCAGUUGUUACAAACCAUAUGA